CGUGUAUUAUUCACAUACGUAGUGUACUUUCAAAUCAACAGAGUGGAGUAUAACCUCGUAUUGUUGUACUAUCUAGGUACGCGUGGUGGUGUUUUCGCUGUGAUAUCCAUUCCUUAUAAUAUUUGGUUUGGUUUCAGGGAAAAGUAUCGAAUUUGUUUACUUAAGCUGACCAGACAGGUUCGAGUUCAGAGUCUUUGGCGCUACUUUGGGGGUAUAACUGAGUCACUACCUAUCAGUGGAGCUGGUAUCGACGGGAAAUGUCUACUACAAAAACCGUUCCCCCGUGGUAUUUCGGCAAAGUGUCUGAGGAGGACGCACGUAAGGGACUGACAGACACGGUGACUGGCACGUACCUGGUUCGAGAUAGCUCAUCUAGAGGAAGCUAUGUACUCUCAGUCAAUGAUAACGGCAUAAUCACCAAUUACGACAUCCGCAAGACAGGUCAGACGCUGAAGAUUAAAGACCGAAACUUCGCUGACCUGGACGCCCUCAUCGGCUACUAUCAGAAAUACCCGCUGGAUACCGUCUGGCUCGAAACGCCGUGCUCCAAGGAAGGCUUACCAUCCCCGCCCAUCUCACCAUCUUGGCAUAAGUAGUGACCGCACCCAUACCAUCGGAGACGAAAUCGCACCGAUAAAUAAUGUUUCGAGACGUCUGGGAACCGACUAUUUUCGGUUUCAAACUUUGUUUUGAGGUUGGGAAAAAAAAUUACUCGAGUGGGACUUCAACCAACGACUUUCGGAAUAACGUGCCAGCACUUUAUCCUAGUCAUGUUGGCGGUGUCCCCAAUUUGUCAAUAUCCUUGUUCGGGUGCCAGUCAGACGCCAUACAACCUUUAACUGCCGUGUAGCCAAGGACCACACCCGAAUUACGAUACAACCUGGGAAGCGGAUCACCUCAAGGAGAUGCGAUUUUUUUUGUUUCAGAUUUUGAACUUUGUGUGUUUGUUGUCUUUCUUUUGACAACACAUAUUUAGUGUUCAUCGUGCCUGCGAUCUAACAAGAAAGGCAUUAUUGCACAUAUGCAUUUUGUCAAAGUGUAGCAAUUUUGUUUUUGUUUGUUUUUUUCACAUCCAAUUUAGUGGGGGCAAAGUCUUUCUUUGAUGGUUUUUAUGUACUCGAUUAGAAUUCUUCAUAUGGGGAUUAAUGUUUGUUUACACCCAAAAACUGAUUCAGUCUUGCAACCGAAUCUUUUGAAAUGUGAGACGAUUUUGAGCUGGUAAGGGGGAACCCUUCGAUUGUUAUCUUUAAUUUCGAUUAGUAUAAUUCUUCGGUUGAGGCAUACUUUGUUUUCACUUUAUAAAGACCACCUAAAAACUAAUUCAGUCUUGCAACCGAAUCUCUCCAAAUAUGACGAUUUUGUUUUUGUGAAUGUGUCCAACCUUCUUUUUUAACAAUAGUAUGAACAGAGUAUGUAGAUUUAUACUCAUUUAAUAAGAUUCACCGUGCCUGCGAUAUAACAAGACAGGAAAUUAUUGUAUAGUAUUAUAAGAUUAAAUUGUCCUAAAAUAGCAACUUUGGUUUUUGUUGGGGUUUUUCCAAUUUUAGUGAAAAAAGCGAAGUCAAUGAUGGUUUAUCUGUAAAUAAUUUUAAGUAAUUAUAUUUCUUUAGUCGAGGAAUAUUUUUUGGAAGCUUUGCUUGCACUCUAAAGGCAGUGGACACUAAUGGUAGUCACUCAAAAUAAUUAUCAUCAUAAAACCUUUCUCGAUUACGAGUAAU